CGUCAAGGGGCUGGAGCAGGAGAGCUUUCUAAUAUCAGGGUGCGGAAUGGAGGCCGAUUAUCCCGCUUUUGAAAACCCGCUCUGCGGCGAGCUCAAGCAUAUUUACCAAAGGAUCAAAGAGACCUAUAAGGAGAUUAAAGAAGAUCUCACCCCUUACAAGGAUGAUCGUUACUACAGACUCGCUCCAAUGCGAUUGUAUACUCUGUCCAAGCGCCAUUUUGUUUUGGUUUUUGUAGUAUUCUUCAUUUGUUUUGGCUUGACAGUCUUAAUAGGCAUUGCAGGUCCCAGAGUCAUAGAAUGCAUAUCAGAAAUACCUCCGAUAAAUAAUGGUUCAAAGACAAAGUCGUUUCCCUUAAGUUCGCCACCAGUAUCUACUUAUAAUCAGCAACUAUGGCUUACCUGUACCGUGCACUUGGAGCAACCUACUGAUAACAAGUUGGAUAGCUUGAAAAUUAGCUUUAUUAUGUCAGUUACAAUACGUGGUGUACUAAAGAAUGGAAGUGUUCGGUACUAUAACAGAGAAACUCACAACCGGACAAGGAUAUUCAACUGUGCUAAGGAUUGUGAUGAAAUUAUUGUGGUUCAUCUUGGUUAUUUGAACUUCACUCGUUACAAUAUCGUUGUUACCUUUGAUAAGUUUCCUGAGAUCUACCAUCUUAAGAGUUAUAACUUCACAUGGAAAACUUAUAACCCAGCCUUCUCCCAAGUGGAAAUCUGGUUCCGAUUUGUCUUUGUAGUUUUUACUUUCAUAGUCACAUGUCUCUUUGCUCACUCCCUGCGCAAGUUCUCCAUGCGAGAUUGGGGAAUAGAGCAGAAGUGGAUGUCAAUCCUCCUCCCCCUGCUAUUACUUUAUAAUGACCCAUUUUUCCCUCUCUCAUUCCUAAUCAACAGCUGGUUUCCUGGAAUGCUAGAUGACCUCUUUCAGUCUUUGUUCUUGUGUGCAUUGCUGCUGUUCUGGCUUUGCGUCUACCAUGGGAUCAGAGUACAGGGAGAAAGGAAAUGUAUGACCUUUUAUUUUCCCAAAUUCCUUAUUGUUGGUCUCCUGUGGCUGGCUUCUGUUACACUAGGCAUAUGGCAAACGGUCAAUGAACUACAUGAUCCAACAUACCAAUAUGAGAUUGACACAAGUAACUUUCAGGGGAUGAAAAUCUUCUUCCUUGUGGUGGCAACAGUAUAUAUUUUGUACCUUUUAUUUCUAAUAAUCCGGGCGUGCUCAGAGCUUCGGAAUAUGCCCUAUGUUGAUCUCAGGUUGAAAUUCUUGACUGCGCUGACAUUGGUAGUACUUAUUAUUAGCAUCGCUAUAUUUUAUUUGCGUUUUGGAGCCCAGGUUCUUCAGGACAAUUUUGUGGCUGAGCUUUCAACCCAUUAUCAUAAUUCUGCAGAAUUCUUAUCCUUCUAUGGAUUAUUAAAUUUCUACCUAUACACAUUAGCCUUUGUGUAUUCGCCAUCAAAAAAUGCCCUGUAUGAAUCUCAGUUGAAAGACAACCCUGCCUUUUCCAUGUUGAACGAUUCAGAUGACGAUGUUAUCUAUGGGAGUGACUAUGAAGAAAUGCCACUUCAGAACGGUCAGGCUAUCAGAGCCAAGUUCAAAGAAGAAUCGGACAGUGAUUAAAUUUGCACAAGAGCAGCCAAGAAUAUGGAACCAGAGUAAUGUUAUCUUUCCUGUAGUCAAGUGAACCUUGCUUUUGGUGGAAGUAUGUCCUUUAUUCCAGUCAUUUUCUGUUUACAAAACUAAAAUGGAUGGGAGCGAGAAAUGAAUGUUUAGUAACAUUUAAAGAAACUUGUGGUUUACCCAUCCCUUCUCGUAAAAGUCAGUAGCAACAGGAUGCAUUCAUGGAAAAGAAUGCUGUGGAAUUAGAUUAUUAAAUCAAUACAUUUUGGGGGUCUUAUCUUAUUAUGGAUUAACAACUGAAUUCCUAAUUGCUUCAUUACUAAUAUAAGAGAAUAUUUGCAGCUCAGGGUUGAACUGUGGAGCCUUUGGUGCUCUCUGAGCUUGGUUGUUUCCUUGCAAACAUUUCAUUACCCAAUUAGAUAACAUGCUUAGUGCUAAAAUGGAGUAGAAUUUAUUCUGUUUAAAUAUGGUGGCUUGCCCUGUCAGUGUUGGUAGGAGUAUUGUUUUCUUCUUGAUUGUUCCUUGAUUAGGCUGUGGUUUUCUGUUUGAUUAUUCUGCUUCAUUACUAUUUAUGACUGUGCUUCAUUACUAUUUAAAUGGCAGCAAUACUCUGCAUUUUAAAAAUGCCAAAGUAAUUUAUCUUGAAGUUGCAUAUUGUAGCAUCAGGACACUUCUCCAGAUUCCAAAGUUAGGUGGAAAUUGGGCUGGUCGUCUUGGCUCUGAAGAAAAGAACAGAAUAUUACCACAGGCAUGCAGUAAUGACAUACUCCGGAAAUCCCAAUAAUUCAAUACAUAGCUGGUGUCUUGAAUUCAUAAAACUGAAAUUUCUUCCUGUUGUUUUUUACUGUGGACGAUUGAUUACCACAGCAGCUCGUUCCUUCUGAGAUACCAGUGUAGCUGUGUUGGUUUAGAAGGCAGGACAAAUUGAGAAGGAAUUAUUUGUAAGCUGACUUAUCUUAAAAUAAUGCUAACAUUUAAAUGCAUGGCAAUUUUGAAUUAAAAGCAAAGCCUUCUGCUGAUGCGAGGCUUUUUUUAAGGGAGCAUAUAUCACAUAUGCUUCCAUCAGAAAAACAUUCUGAAUAUUUUAAUAAAUUGAACAUUAUUAAGUACAUUAUUAAGUACUGUAGUUUAGAAAUACACAGUAAAUGUUAAAUAUGAUGGCUGAAAUGAGGACUUGCUCAUUUUAUAACCUGGUAGGAUCCAAAUUGGUGGUUGAUUCAUUUUUAUUGGAUGAGCACUUCAUUGGAAGUUAGAACUUUCAGAUUUUUUUUUAUAAGAGUUGGAAGGGACCUUGGAGAUCUUCUAGUCCAACCCCCUGCCCAGGCAGGAAACCCUACACCAUUUCAGACAAAUGGUUAUCCAACAUUUUCUUAAAAAUUUCCAGUGUUGGAGCAUUCACAACUUCUGCAGGCAAAUUGUUCCACUGAUUGUUUUAACUGUCAGGAAAUUUCUCCUUAGUUCUAAGUUGCAUCUCUCCUUGAUUAGUUUCCACCCAUUGCUUCUUGUUCUACCCUCAGGUGGUUUGGAGAAUACUUUGACUCCCUCUUCUUUGUGGCAACAAAAAUGAAGUGCGGGUUGCAGGUCAAAUAUUCCGUAUGUAUAAUUUUGUGAUCAGCUCAGUUCUGUACUGUGUACUACUUACUGUAAACCAUGUCUUUGGUAUAUGUGAAGUCUAGUUUUUCUUUAUGGUAAUAUUUUAAGUGUGCCAAGCUUAUAGUGUAUAAAAUGAUAAGACGGAAUACCUUCCUCUAAUUUUUUGUAUUGCUGACUCAUGAAAAGUUGUUGACUUUUUAAAAGUAUAUAUUGUUUUGUUAUUUCAAGUUGCUUUUCUAAGGCUUCCAUUCAAUUUGUGCAAAAGGAUAAAAGAAAAAUCUGUGGAAGUUUCCCUGAUCUGAGCACAUUUGAAGUUGGUGACAGGGAAAGCUACAAAUAGACUCUUCCAGAGAUGUCUUGCUGACAAAUGGCAUUAGAUUCAACACUAAGGUGUCCAAGUUUAAGUUAUUUUAUCCUGAAUUCAUUUGUUUCUGUAGAAUUGUGUAUUCAAUUAAAAGGUUCUAAAAUUCAUUUGACCUUGGGAAUUUCAGGUGGCUUUUGUUUUUGACCUGGUAGUGUUAGCUGUAAGCUGAAUAUCACUGAAGUUGCCUGCAUCAGUUCAACCAACUGAAAAUGCUAUUUUAGCAUUUUGAAAAUGCUAACAUAAUGCUAUUUUCAAAACGCUUUGAUCCUUUUUCCUAUUUGCAAAAUGUUUGUCUGACCUUUCGAUAUUUUUAGGAUACAACUAGAAUUUAUCCUGGAUUUAUUACUUUAAGGAGGCAUUGUCAGCAAGAAAAUCAAGCACUUUCUUAAAUCUCUCCCACUUAAACAAUGAUUAGUAUUGUUUUAUAUCAUACAUUUCCUUUCUAUGUUGAGCAGUGUGCACUCUAGGUGUCCAAUGUAUUGAUAUAAAACAAUAAAAAAUAUU